AUGGGCGAUGUGGUUGGUGACCGGAAUUUCGUCAUUGAUAUCUCCACGCCCGAAACACUCGAACGGGAUUUCUACGCCUGGCUUUACGGUGAAAUAAAAACAAGCAGCAGCAUUUCGGAGCGUUUACCACCGAUUGAUGAUUUGGCGUUCAGAGUUCGGGAUUCGCUACUAUCUCCAGACGAGAUGUCCGAUGGUGGCUCGUUUGCCGAUAGCCCUCCAUCCUCAAUAUCAUCGGAUUCGAACGAUUACCGAGGCUUGGCUGAUGCAGAGAAUCGCCAUGACUUUAUUGCUUCAUGUCCUGGCCGAAGUUCCGGUGAAAAUUUUCGUUUCUAA